CUUCCUCUCCGUUGCUUGUUUGCUAGAAAUUCUCUCUCUCUCUCCCUUUUAUGUCUCUUUCUCUCUCUUUCUGUCUAUAUAUUUACUGGGGCAAUUGAGCCAAAGGGUAAAUAUAUAUAGGAGAAAAAGCAAAGAAAGCGAGAGGAAAAGAGAGGGCCUUUCUAGCCCUCUUCUCUAUAUAUGCCUCGCUUCAGAUCUUGAAUUCUAUUCAUUUGUCAUCUGGGUCUUCUCCGUUUGAUUGAAAAUGGAGCCUGGAAAAUUAUUUGUUGGUGGAAUUUCUUGGGACACCAAUGAAGAUGGUCUCCGAGAGUAUUUCCAAGCAUUUGGUGAAAUAGUUGAGGCAGUGAUCAUGAAAGAUCGAACCACUGGUCGUGCCCGUGGUUUUGGUUUUGUUGUUUUUGCUGAUCCUUCUGUUGCUGAAAGAGUUGUCAAGGAAAAACACAUGAUUGAUGGAAGAACCGUAGAGGCAAAGAAGGCUGUACCUAGGGAUGACCACCAUGGGAACAGAAAUAGUGGAGUUAUGCAGUCUUCACCAGGUUCCAUUCGCACAAAGAAGAUUUUUGUGGGAGGUUUGGCAUCUUCAGUUACCGAGAGUGAUUUCAAGAGGUACUUUGAUCAAUUUGGGAUGAUCACGGAUGUCGUGGUGAUGUAUGACCACAACACACAAAGGCCUAGGGGAUUUGGAUUUAUUACUUACGACUCGGAGGAAGCAGUGGAUAAAGUUUUGUACAAAACGUUUCAUGAACUUAAUGGCAAAAUGGUUGAGGUAAAGCGAGCUGUUCCUAAGGAGCAAUCUCCAGGGCCAAUCCGAAGUCCAUUAGGACCAUAUAACUUUGGUGGCUUGAACAGAGUACAAAAUCUCCUCAGUCCUUACAAUCAAGGUUACGGUCCAAGUUCAAUUGGAAGUUAUGGAGUAAGAAUGGAUAGAAUUAAUCCAACUGCCAUUGGUCAAAACAGAUAUUCUUCGUUUAAUCCUUCGAGCUACUCAAUGGGACUUUUAGACUCGACACUGAAUUCAAAUAACGGGGGAGGUGGGAACUUUAGUCCUAACCUUGGGUAUGGACGUAUUUAUGGUGGGAAUUCAGCCAGGCUAAAUGGUCUAAUGGGAUAUCCCUCUGGGAGGAUUGGAAAUGGUCUUAUGUUGAAUUCGACAGUUCAGAACAUAUUGGACAAUGGCACUCUUAAUUAUAGUACACAGUCCCCCGCUAAUUUUAACAAUUUUGUUGGCUUAGGAAGUGGCAAUACUGGAUUCUCUGCUGCUUUUGGAGGCCCCCCCCUUGAAACAAUUUGGGAUUCAUCUAUUCUUUCUGGUCAAGGUGGAAGGAACGGUUCUUCUGGGAAUGACCAUAUCGGCUACAACAAUGCUGGUGUUGGAGGGUAUGGACCCUAUAAUGGUAAUGGUAACACUGCUGGUGAAACAUCCACUCUUACUGCAACAGGAGAUGUUCGUUCUCCAAAUUUUGGAAGCUUGUACGGGACUGGAAAUGGUUCGUUCUUUGAGGACCAAACCUGGCAUUCACUAUCUCCCGAGCUGGAGGGUUCUGGUUCUUUCCGCUAUGGGCUUGGAAAUAUGGCUUCGGAUGUUAUACCUAAAAACUCAAUUGAUUAUGUUGGUGCUUAUAGUAUUACAAAUAGAUCAAAUACAGGAAUCGCUGCCUAGCAAUCCUGUGUGGGAUUCCAAUGUUGAUUACAAGUCGAAAUUAUGUUUUCAUGCAAAAUUAAAGAUUUUGAUUAUUUCAAUCAGCUGCGGAGGAAGACUUCGGGAUAGAGGUACAUAAACUUAGAGCUAAUUCAAGAGCCUCGCUUAGAACUUAUCUCAAAGAACAUUUACGAUACGAAUAUGCGGUUUUACUGGGAGAUAGGAUCAAGUUUUUUGUUUUGGUUUUGCCCUGAUUAUAAGGUUGAGAAUUGAGAUGUAAAAUUGGAUAGCAGAACACACUUAAGAUUAUUGUACCAUGCACAUCACAGCAAGUCAAGAAAGUAGAUUUAGUCAUUUUUAUCUAUAUUAUAUUGUAUUAUUUCUUUCAUGUGUUUGUAAUGUUUUUUGUUCUUUUUGGGAAUGUUGAUUUGUCAUUAUAAUUGUAUAUUGUAAGACAUUUUUUAUUAUGAGAAAGGGAAACAACUUUCAGUGUUUU